AUGGGUGGUAACUUAUCUUCAUCAACAAAUGACAUCAUCUCAUCAAGUUUAAUAUCAUCUCAAUUAAUACACCGUCAUACACUUUCCACAUGUUAUGAUGCCAUAUUUGAUGUGUCAUUAUCCUCAACAAGCAAUUCUAUCCUUUUAAGUGACGACGGUAGACUUCGAUUAUUUCAUAUCGAUGUAGAAAAUAAUGGCCAACUAAUCGAGACAACGACAUCAACAAAUAAGGUUUUAACUCACGAACAAAUUCAUGAUAUUGCUUGGAGUACACUAUUGGAGCGUUUUCUUGUUCUAACAUCGAAACGUUUAACGACAUACGAUCACGAGAAUAAUUUAGUUGAUUUAGAUUUAGGACUCGAAAAAAAUAGUCCACCAUUCUGGCGUAUGACUUGUUGGUCAUCUCAUCUCAUCGUUAAUCUUGGCUUAGGCACAUCGAUUCGUUACCAUAAAUUACUUUCAUCGGCAUCAACAGCAAUACCUUUAAUUCAAACCUAUACACGUUCAUCUCUUGGUUAUACCAAUUCCGAUCUGCUUUCCUUAGUUUCACUUAGUCCACAACUGAUACUUGCUAUCAAUGUUGAACUGACGAAUAACCGUCAUGUUAUUGAUCUUUUUUCAAUUGCUGAUGAAAACAAUUUUCAACGUCUCAAACGUAUUCACACCUAUGAACCUUGUGCACUUGAUAUAAUAGCCUCAUUACGUGAUUAUACAUGGUUAUGCAAAUCACAUUGGCCGUCAGAUGAUUGUCUCUGUAUGAUCGAAUCAGAUGGUGAAGUGAAAAAACUUGAUUUACAUGAACAGAAUGGUUAUAUACUCAAUUUAAGAUUGCUUGCUAAUCGUUCGCAUUUAGUCAUUAUACGAACAGCAAGUAAAUUACCAAAAGAAGUGGAUGUUAAUGAAUUGAAUGGAAUCGAUCAGAGUGAAGAAGAAGAGCAAGAAACAAAGCAGGGACGUAGAAGACAAAUUGUAGGCAAAUUACCAGGCAAUCUUCUGUUGGAAAUUUAUAAAGUUCCAAAUUUAGUCAGAUAA